UAGUCUCUUCUUCUCCCCUUCUCUCUCUAGAAUCUCUGCAAUGAAGCACUUCAUGUUGCCAAGAAAUGCAAUCUUGAGGGACUCUCCUUCCCAGGAGCUCCCCUCUUCAUCGAGCCCUAGUUCUUGUGCUAAGCCGAGGCCAUCUCGGAAGCAGAAGUCUUCCAAGGAGAACGAUCCUCCGCCAGAUCUGAACGUUAUGCUGUUAGAUUCAAAGCCCUCGCCUGCAACUGCCGCCAAACUGAAGAGUCCGCUGCCCCCAAGGCCACCCUCCUCUAAUCCCCUUAAGCGGAAGCUCAACAUGGAUACCCACCAUGAGAAUUCACUUCUGGGAUCCUCUGAUUCCGGUGUCAAGGUUGUUGUUAGGAUGAGGCCACCCUGCCAAGACAGGAAUGAAGAAGACCUUAUAGUACAGAAGACUUCCAGCGAUUCCUUAUCUAUUAAUGGCCAGACUUUCACAUUUGAUUCCGUUGCUGAUACAGAUGCUACACAGCAAGAUAUUUUCCAGCUUGUUGGGGUACCUCUGGUAGAAAAUUGUUUGGCUGGAUUUAAUAGCUCAAUAUUUGCUUACGGACAGACGGGGAGUGGGAAGACUUAUACCAUGUGGGGUCCUGCUAAUGCUUUGUCAGAAGACAAUUUAACAAACGAUCAACAAGGCCUUACCCCACGCGUUUUUGAGCGACUCUUUUCCCGCAUGAAUGAAGAGCAAAUUAAGCAUUCUGACAAACAACUCAAUUAUCAGUGCCACUGCUCUUUUCUUGAGAUAUAUAAUGAGCAGAUCACAGAUUUGUUAGACCCAAAUCAAAGAAAUCUUCAGAUUAGAGAGGAUGUCAAAUCUGGCAUCUAUGUAGAAAAUCUUACAGAGGAGCAAGUGUGUACAGUGAAGGAUGUAAGCCGACUUCUGCUAAAGGGAUUGUCAAACAGGAGAAUUGGUGCCACCAGUAUAAAUUCUGAGAGUUCCCGCUCGCAUACUGUUUUCACUUGUGUUGUUGAAUCUCGGUGCAAGAGCGCAGCAGAUGGGAUAAGCAGAUUUAAAUCCAGUAGAAUCAACCUUGUUGAUUUGGCUGGGUCAGAACGACAAAAAUUAACUGGUGCUGCAGGAGAGCGCUUGAAGGAAGCUGGCAAUAUAAAUAGAUCACUCUCUCAGCUUGGGAAUUUGAUAAACAUUCUUGCUGAAAUUUCUCAAACAGGAAAGCAACGACAUAUACCUUAUAGAGACUCUAGAUUAACAUUUUUAUUGCAGGAGUCUCUUGGAGGAAAUGCAAAAUUAGCAAUGGUUUGUGCUAUUUCUCCAGCACAAAGCUGUAGGAGUGAAACUUUUAGUACACUGAGAUUUGCACAACGUGCGAAGGCUAUCAAGAACAAGGCUGUUGUUAAUGAAGUCAUGCAGGAUGAUGUGAACCACUUGAGGGAAGUGAUACGCCAAUUAAGGGAUGAGCUGCAUCGAGUUAAGGCAAAAGGUUGUAAUCCAACUGACAGUGGAGGUAAUUCAGCGGCAUGGAUCAAGAGAAGUUUGAAUCUAUUACAAGCUAGCUUCAAUCGACCACCACCACUACCUUGUUUUGAUGAUGAUGGUGAUGAGGAGAUGGAGAUUGAUGAGGAAGGUGUUGAUGACCAUGCCAUAAGUUUCCACAAUGCUAAUAUGCAGAAUAAUUGUAAUAUUAUAGAGAAAAAUGAUAGAGAAGUCAAUUCAGGUAAUCAGGAUGUGGCUGAGGCAGUUGAAGAUAAAAGUAAUCCUAGUUGCGCUGGUAAUAAAUUGUGGAAUGAAGAAUCAUCCAGUGUAAUGCUAAGCAACAGUUUCUCUUCUCCCAUUGGUGAACCUAACAAUGGUAUUUGUCCUAGCAUCUCAGCCUCAGAUGUAUCUCAUGAUUCUCCCAGUGCAUUAAUGGACUGUGGCUCCCCUGAUAGUCUCAACAUAGUUCAAAGUGAUGUAUCCCCUGUCCUUAAAUCCCCAAUGCCCAGUGUUUCACCUAGAAUCAAUAGCAGUAGGAAAAGUCUCAAGACCUCAUUAACAUUGUCAGCUUCUGAGAAUCUUCAUGCUGAAAGUAACUUGGGCACAAAGACCGUGCAUCAGAAAAGCAUAGCCACUGAAGUGUCUAGUCAGAUAGCUCCAAAUUCUCUUAGUAGAACUGAACAUUUGGCAGCAAGCAUCUGCCACGGUCUUGAGAUCAUUGAAAGUCACCGACGAAGUGCGGCCUUGGGGCGUUCAUCAUUUAGGUUUUCAUUGAGGCCCACAGAGUCUAGGAGACUUACUCCAGUUGAUAAAGUUGACGUGGGUGUGCAGACUUUUAUUGAGGAUAACAUCACAGAUAAAGAUUCAUUUGCAUUUACCUGUAAUUACUGUAAAAACAAAAUGCAACUUGAUGUUGAUGAGACUGACAACUCAAACAUGCAGUUGGUGCCUGUUGAUUGCCCUGAGUCAGCUGAUAAGCCAAAAAAGCAAAUUCUGAAAGCAGUGGAGAAGGUUUUGGCAGGGUCUAUCAGGAGAGAAUUGGCCCUUGAAGAGUUCUGUGCAAAACAGACUUUUGAGAUAAUGCAGCUCAAUCGUUUGGUGCAACAGUACAAGCAUGAAAGGGAAUGCAAUGCCAUAAUAGCACAGAAAAGGGAAGAUAAGAUUCAUCGCCUUGAGAGCCUUAUGGAUGGUGCUUUACCUACUGAGGAGUUUAUGGAAGAAGAGCUGGUGUCACUCACACAUGAGCAUGAGCUUUUAAAGGAGAACUAUGAGAACCAUCCGGAAGUUUUGAGAACAAAAUUAGAGUUAAAAAGAGUACAAGAUGAACUAGAAGAAUAUCGGAAUUUUUGCAAAUUAGGGGAGAGGGAAGUUUUGAUGGAAGAGAUUCAAAAUUUAAGAAGCCAGCUUCAAUUUUAUAUUGACUCUUCAUCCACGUCAGCAAGGAAGCAAUAUCCAUUAUUGCAAUUGACAUAUCCAUCUGAACCCAGUUUGCCAUCUACCCUUGCUACUAUUCCACAAUCAACAGAUGAGAAUUCUCAGCCAAAUGCAAGUCCAGAAUCAAAUAAGGACAGCUUUGAGGUACGACUUGAACAAGAGAGAAUUCAAUGGGCUGAGGCAGAAAGCAAGUGGAUUUCGAUUUCUGAAGAACUGAAGGUUGAGCUUGAAGCUAACAGAGCACUAGCUGAAAAGAGGAAGCAGGAACUAGAAGCUGAGAAAAAGUGUGCUGAGGAACUCAGGGAAGCAAUGCACAUGGCUCUUGAAGGUCAUGCACGGCUUCUAGAACAGUAUGCAGAUUUGGAAGAGAAACACAUCCAACUGCUUGUAAGGCAUAGAAGGAUCAUGGAUGGAAUUGACGAUGUCAAGAAAGCAGCUUCCAGAGCAGGAGUAAGAGGAGCAGAGUCUAAGUUUAUUAAUGCCCUUGCUGCAGAAAUAUCAUCAUUAAAAGAAGGAAGAGAAAAAGAAAGGCGACUCUUAAGGGAUGAGAAUAGAGGGCUUCAGGCCCAAUUGAAGGACACUGCCGAAGCAGUGCAAGCUGCAGGUGAACUGCUUGUGCGACUCAGAGAAGCAGAAGAAGCUAUCAGUUCUGCACAGAAACGGGCUAUGGAUGCGGAGCAGGAAGCUGCAAAGGCAUUCAAACAAAUCGAUAAGCUGAAGAAGAAACAUGAGAAGGAAAUGAGCACACUUAAUGAACUCCUUGCAGAAGCUCGUUUGCAUAAGGAAGCAAUGCAACCCACUUACGAUGAUAAUAAUUUUGUCAUGCCCAGUUAUGAUGAGCCAGUGGGGCCACAUAGUUUGAAUGGUCAUUUUGAGCCCUAUAAUAAUGCAGAUGACGGUGAGCUUUCAAAAUUAGCAGAACCAUCAUGGUUUUCUGGUUAUGACAAAUGCAACAUAUAGAUCAUCAACAUAGUCUUUAAUUUGUGUUCAUUUUGUUCAUAUGAUGUGAUUGUGAAGAUAUGAUUGUAUUCUUUAAUUUUUGUGAGCAGCAUAAAUGAGUGUCUCCCCCACAUCUCUGACUUCUCACCGAAGUCUAAGCAAGUUCUGCGUUAGUUUGCCCUUAGGAUCCAAGGUGUUUGGGAGCGUAUAUCAAUUGUAUUAAGGAAAUCUGUCUUAGAAUAUGGGUAGUGAUGAAUCAGUUCUGGGCCAAAAUUUUG